CCCCUCCGCGCGCCCUGCACUGCUCCUCGCCGGCGGGACGCGCUCCAGCGGGGCGGGCGGCUUUCCCCGAAAGUCCCCAGCGGCCGCCGCGGCCGGAGCAGCGGCAGCGGGCGCGGCGCCCCGGGAGUGCGGGCCGAGCGCGCCGGCCGGGGUCGAGCGCGCGUCCCCUCCCCGCCCCCACCGCGCGUUGUGGCGCAGCAGGAAUUUGGCGGGGACCCGGGCGCUAUUUGCGGCUCCUGACGCGCCGGCGGCCGGCGGCCGGCGGCCCUUGGGUCAUUUCUAUUCUAGGGGCGCCGGGUCAGCGCGCCCGGCCGGCCCCCUCCGCCGGGCCCGGAGGGUGUGUCCCCCUCAGCCCGGCUCGCCGCGCCUAUAAGGGGCCCGAGCGGCGGGCAGGGACAUGCAGCUCUACAGCAGCGUCUGCACCCACUACCCAGCCGGGGCACCGGGUCCCACGGCCGCAGCCUCCGCUGCCCCCGCCGCCGCCGCCGCCGCCGCCGCCGCCGCCGCCGCCCCCCCCUUCAAGGUCUCCCUUCAGCCUCCCGGAGCCGCCAGCGGCGAGCCGGAGCCCGAGACCGGUGAGUGCCAGCCUGCCGCGGCCGCCGAGCCCCGAGAAGCCGCCGCCGCCGCCGCCCCCGCCAAGAUGCCCGCCUUCUCCUCCUGCUUCGAGGUGGUGCCCGGGGCCGCCGCCCCCGCCUCGGCCGCCGCCGGCCCGCCCGCCGGGUCGUGCAAGCCGCCGCUGCCGCCGCACUACACGUCCACGGCGCAGAUCACCGUGCGGGCCCUGGGCGCCGACCGGCUCCUGCUGCACGGGCCCGAGCCCGGCGCCCCGGCGCCCGCCGCCCCGCGCGGCCGCUGCCUCCUGCUGGCCCCGGCGCCCGGCGCCCCGCUCCCGCCGCGCCGCGGCUCCUCGGCCUGGCUGCUGGAGGAGCUGCUGAGGCCCGACUGCCCCGAGCCCGCGGGCCUCGACGCGGCCCGGGAGGGUCCCGACAGAAACUUCCGACUGAGCGAGCACCGCCAGGCCCUGGCCGCCGCCAAGCACCGAGGCCCCGCGCCGCCCCCGGGAAGCGCGGAGCCCGGCCCCGGCCCCGGCCCCGGCCCCGGCCCCGGCCCGUGGGGCGACGAGCACCCGGCGGACAGGAGCCUCCGGGGCUGGGAGAGGGCCGGCGAGCGCAGCGACCCUGCCGGCGCGGACGAGGCGCGGCGGCCCGACCCGGAGGCCGAGGCGGCCCCGGCGCGGAGCUGCGAGGCGCGGAGCUGCGAGGCGGGCCCGGGCGGCGCGGCGGAGGCGGUGGUGGUGUCCAGGUCGGAUCCCAGGGACGAGAAGCUGGCCCUGUACCUGGCGGAGGUGGAGAGGCAGGACAAGUACCUGCGGCAGAGGAAUAAGUACCGGUUCCACAUCAUUCCCGACGGCAACUGCCUCUACCGAGCGGUCAGCAAGACGGUGUACGGAGACCAGAGCCUGCACCGGGAGCUGAGGGAACAGACGGUGCAUUACAUCGCCGACCAUCUCGACCACUUUAGCCCCCUGAUUGAGGGCGACGUGGGGGAGUUCAUCAUCGCUGCUGCUCAGGACGGGGCGUGGGCCGGGUACCCGGAACUGCUGGCCAUGGGGCAGAUGCUGAAUGUGAACAUACAUCUAACGACUGGAGGGAGGUUGGAGAGCCCCACGGUGUCCACCAUGAUUCACUACUUGGGCCCAGAGGAUUCCCUACGGCCUAGCAUUUGGCUCAGUUGGCUCAGUAAUGGACAUUAUGACGCCGUGUUUGAUCACUCCUAUCCUAACCCCGAGUAUGACAAUUGGUGCAGACAGACUCAAGUGCAGCGGAAACGCGAUGAAGAACUUGCCAAGUCCAUGGCCAUAUCCCUAUCCAAAAUGUAUAUCGAACAAAAUGCAUGCUCUUGAAGUGUCUGAACACCUACACCCUGGGAGAAUUGCAUACGUAGUUUGUGUUGGGAGAAUUACGAACUCUAAUCAGGGUAAUAGCACUUUUAAACUUCCUAGUAGAUUUACUGUAGGUGUAAUGCCUUAAUCAUUUUUUUGAAUGUUUUUCUCCUCAGAGCUGAAGGUUGCUGGGCACCUAAAUAAUGUUUCAUGAUGGCUUGGGGUGAUCCUACUGCUUAUUUAUAAUUUGCUGUAUACAGUUGGCGCUACUUAUAAUUUGCAAGCUAGUUUCUCACGGUGUAAAUUUGUUCAUUCCUGGUAAUCUGUUUUCUAUAAAAAUGUAUUUUUGCACAACAUUUUUAAGAAUGGGUGUACCUUCAUCUAUGACGUGUUCCGUUUUGACAAACAGCUUUCCGGCAUCAAUCCAGAGAAAGUGCUUUAUAUGAAGUUUAUUACUUUGAACAAGACUUUGUGAUUCAGUAGUUACUUUAUGUUGUUCGAUUUGAAUUUUAUGAUUCUUAGAUCAUUAUUUCAAGUGGAUAUUAAUGCAUUUGUGUUACCAGAUGAUUGGCCCAUUCCAUUUUAAUGAAAAACAGAUUGGUUGUUUUGGAAAUCAUUAUUUUUCUAGAAAUGGUCAGCCUUUUAAAGAGAAAUAUUUAAGGGAGGGUUGUGGGAAGAGUUUUCUGUAAGGGAGAAUAGUACCAGGUCUUCUUACUUGAAUGGAAGUCUGAUAUUUGCAGAUGGCAGAGUGAUGACUAUUCUGUACUUUGGUUGGUGUUUAGAGUAGAUUGGUGCUCUGAAUUGUUCUUAUUUAUAUUUGUCAUUUUGUUAUAAAAGCAUUUUAACUUUGUGACAAGAUAAGCCUCCUGCUUUAUAUAGAUAGCUUCUUGGAUUCAACUAAGAGAUUUAAAAAAAAAAAACUACUAGCAUUAAAUGCCUUGAAUCAACUUUGGCAGUUGUUUUAUAGCAGGAGAAUAGUGUCUUAAUAUUUUAUUCCUUUUAAAUUCUCUCAAAAGGCAAAAUAGGAUUGCCCUGUAUUAUGUACAAAUAAAAAUGUCUGUAAACAGAUCUUGUAUGGUUUGCUGGGUCAAACAAUGUUCUCAACCUAAAAUCUAUCUCAUUUCCACUUUAACUACUUCUAGUCAUAUUUAUUAAGUGCUGCAGUUUGUACUUUUUUAUUUUGUAACAUUUUGUGAUUUUUUUGUACAAUACCGUAUUUGUACAAUAGAGCGAUUCUCAGCCAAUGGAAUGAAUGAAUAAAAUGCGUAAUUUUACUUUUA